UAUUACGCAGAUUUAGUGUAAGUUUCAAGUUAAUCGUGCUGGUAUUGAUAAAGGCAAAAACAUAUUGCAUAUUUUACCUGACCCGGAACACGGUUGUUGCAAAAACAAAUACAUGCUCCUAAAUACAUAUUUCAUAUUUUGCCAUGACAUUUCUACUUUCAAUAUGUUGUAAAUAUAUCUCUUAACAUUUAUGUAAAGUUUGAGGACAUGACACUAUGUAGUUUUAAGUAAUCUGGAAAAAUGUCCCCUGAUUUAUAUUUUUGCUAGCAAAUUUCCUUUGUGGCUAGAGCAGACCAAUGAAAAUGAUUUAUUAAAAUAUUUAGAGAUGUUUUUCAGGACUGUUUCUGAACAUUGUCUUGAUGAGGUGAUCAUUUGACCCAAUUUUAAUAAUUAUCCUCCAAGGGGUUUUAGAGAGCGUACACGAAAUGGAAGGCUAAAACCUUUGACCUUGAGUUGUGACCUUGAUCUUGAGCCGACAUGGCUGACUCAUGGGUUCUGCACAUUGUCUUGAUAAGGUGAUCAUUCGACCCAAGGUUCAUGAUUAUCAUUUAAGGGGUUUAGGAGAUACAGAGCGGAUACGAAAUGGAAGGCUCAAACCUUUAACCUUGAGUUGUCACCUUGACCUGGAGCCGACAUGGCUGACUCAUGGGUUCUGCACAUCAUCUUGAAUAAGUGAUCAUGAUUGUGUGACUAAAGCUGUAGAGUUUUUUAUACCUAUUCGAAAUUUUAGCCCGCCCGCUUAGCUCAGUAGGUAAGAGCGUUGGUCUACGGAUCGCGGGGCCGCGAGUUCGAUCCUCGGGCGGGGCGUAUGUUCUCCGUGACUAUUUGAUAAACGACAUUGUGUCUAAAAUCAUUAGUCCUCCACCUCUGAUAAUUCAUGUGGGGAAGUUGGCAGUUACUUGCGGAGAACAGGUUUGUACUGGUACAGAAUCCAGGAACACUGGUUAGGUUAACUGCCCACCUUUACAUGACUGAAAUACUGUUGAAAAACGGCGUUAAACCCAAAACAAACAAAAUCGAAAUUUUAAUUACAUAUGCAUUUGAUUUUGAAUAUUAAAAAAUCAUUACUGUCGUAUCUUCUUGAGUUAAAAACAUCUGAGAUUUUCCCAAAAAUCUUAAAAGGUUGCAUGAAAUAAAUCAAACGCGGUUUUUAUAUACCGAUUACAUGUUUCAUUAGUCUACGCCCAAGACUAUUAGUAAUUGUGUAACUUUUAAGAAUUUAAGUUUAUAUUAAUAUAAAUUCAGUUGAUCAACUAUAACAAUAUAUAUACUUGAUCAAUUAAAAUUAUAUUAAUAUCAACUUAAAUUCCUAAAAGUUACACAAUUACUAAUGUGAACGAUUCCCUCCAUUAUUUCCAAAAUUAACCCAUUCACGGUAUCGUACUUUACAGGUAACAAUUUUCGUAUCGUCAAGUAUUUACUAUAAUAUUGAUUAUAUUAACAAAAGCAGUCAAUUAAAGACAAUUUUAAUAUUGUCUUUGACAUAGGACACUUUUGAAUUAAAAAUACCGGAAGGCGAAGACACGAAAGAACGAUAUUGCACAUUUGUCGUGUGUUCGUGUCGGCGGGUCGAAGACACGAAAACACUAAAGCUCGAAAACUGCUUAUUUUUCGUGUGUUUGCCUUUCGACUUUUGAGACGAAUACACGCAGACACAACAAAAGAAGGCCGACAACACGAAGUUUUAAUACCCGCCGACACGAAAAGUGAAAGAUACAAAAGUUCGUGUGUUCACCCUUAAAUUAUUGUUAUUUCGCCUUCAAUGUUUCGUGUCGUCGAGCAUUAUUUCAACCUUUCGUGUUUUCGUUACUUCGACAUUUCGCAGAAAUGACAGAAAGCGACCCCCAUAAUAAACUGUGAUAUGUACAUUCAAAAGUACACAAAACAUUGUGUGUAGUAAAAACGUGAAGGUAACAGCUUGGAUAGCAAGCGUCCACCGGUUUGGGUAACUUAGUCUCUUGGACUUAUCUUGCGAGCUGCUAAUGUUUGUUUCUAACUUAUGUUUUCAUAGUUUGGAUUGCAAACAAAAGUGGUUAGUGGUACAUGUUCAAAUAUGUAUUCAGACAAACGAAGCAUGGCCAUCAAUUACUCAUUAGAUUUUUAUAAAUGUAUAUGCUUAUAAAACUGAGAUGUAUGCUCUCAAAGAAAUAUUCAUUUGUUGAUCAAUAUGAAUUGUUCAUUUUACCUAUGUACUUAAUCAAACUGAUAAAGAAAACGAGAAUCAUGAACGUUUUUGAAAAACAUGCUUACUCCAGUGCAAUCUGGCUUCAUUCCAGGUGACUCAACAGUCAACCAAAUUGUCUUCAUAUAUAACACCCUAUGCAAAGCUUUCGAUAACGGUUUUGAGGUGUGUGGUCUUCUUCGAUAUCAGCAAAGUCUUUGACAAAGACUGGGACAGAGGUCUAUUUUGUAAACUUAAACAUGUUGGGAUUACAGGUGCUCUCCUUAAAUGUUUUGAAAAUUAUCUUUCUAACAAACGUCAACGAGUUGUCCUUCCUGGAGUUAAAUCAAUCUGGGCUUUUGUAAAAGCUGGCGUUCCCCACGGAUCAAUCCUUGGUUCCUUACUAUUCCUUAUCUUCAUAAAUGAUAUUGUUGAUGAAACAUGAUCAUGUGUUAAUCUUUCUGCUGACGACACAAGUCUCUACGUUAUAGCUGAGCAACCAGAUACAGCGGCAGGUCUUCUUCAGUCUGACAUUCAAACAAUAUCUUCGUGGGCAGAUAAAUGGCUCGUCACAUUUAAUCCUUCUAAAUCUGAAACUUUGUUGAUAUCAAGAAAACGAAAUGGCCAACCACACCUUCCUCUCCAAAUGUAUAAUCAGUACAUACCCGAAGUAACUGAACACAAACAUCUGGGUGUAUUCUUGUCAAGUGACUGCUCCUGGCAUCCUCAAAUCAACUACAUUUUAGAAAAGGCGUGGAAGAGGGUAAACAUUAUGCGCAAACUGAAAUUCUCACUUGAUCGCAGAUCUCUUGAAAUUCUUUAUCUUUCUUUCAUUAGACCUUCACUUGAAUAUGCUGAUGUGGUGUGGAGCAAUUGUACUAAAUAUGAACUUGGCCAACUUGAUAAAAUUCAAAAUGAAUGUGCACACGCAUUGCGUCUGGUGCGACUAAACUUAUCCAAUUAGAAAAUCUAUAAAGAGAAAUACAUUGGGAAACUCUCUAAAAUAGACGCUAUAAACAUAGACACAUCUUGUUCUUAAAAAUGAAGUCAAAUUUGACCCCAACAUGUCUGUUUUCUUUUGUUCCUGACUCAGGUGACACACGUUACAAUUUAAGAAACUCAGACAACAUCCACGGUAUACCCGCAAGAACAACACUUUAUUUCAAUUCAUUUUUGUCUUCAGCUAUACGUGAUUGGAACCUGCUUAACCCUGAUAUUCGCAACUCUCAAACACUUUCUUCAUUCAAACGAAAUUUAAACUUAAACAAGCGACGUACACCGAUAUAUUAUUACGCUAGGGACAUGAAGUCUCAGGUUCUCCAUACAGGUCUCCGUACUAAAUGCAGUGCAUUGAAUUUUCAUUUGUUCCUUAGAAAUAUUUCCCCUACACCAUUAUGCCAAUGUGGCAAAAUUGAAACUAACUAUUACUUUUUCUUUUAAUGCACACUCUACAAUGAUUGUCGGAACGAUUUUCUAAAUAAUCGGCGGAGAUAAUGACUUGGAUACUGUUCUUUUUGGUAACCCAGACCUUUCUGACUAUAUUCUUCUACGUACAGUCCUUCAUAUCGGACAGCAAGAGAUUGUUAUAAGUCAAAUGACCCCUUUCUUAAGAUAAACUUCAACACUUCUAUCUUUAUAGUAUAGAGUAUCACGCAAUAGAUAUCAUUACCUAAUAAUUACUUCACCCUCGAACACCUAUAACAACAAUUAAUCUGUGCACAUUUGUUUUCAGAUAACAUAAUGAUAACAUUAUUUUUUCUAGUCCCAUUUUAGCUAUAAACGUAUAAUAUGUCUACUACAAGUUAAUUGUCCGCGAAGGAGAAGAGGUCUAUAAGCCUUGUCUUCCAUUCUUAUCCUUUUCUGAGUUAUUAUAUUCAGUGUAUGACUAUGUAUCAAUGUAUAUGUUUACUUUUUGGGAAUAAAUAUGUUUAAGCUAAUCAAACCGAUAUGUUAUUACUGUCGGUCUUUUUAAGGCUGUUUGAAAUGGAUACCGGAAGAAGUGUAUUAAGAUUAAAAUGUGUUCCAAGAGGCCAGAUUUAGUUUUAUACACAUUGACGCACACCGAACACACUGGCAACAGACCAGAAAGAAAAUGCCACUAUACUCGUACAUGUUAUGCCCUUCCCCUAGGUAUACUAUAAGAACCGUGGUCAUGAAUAGUCCGUUUCCAUCAUUUCCCACCUAUAACGCCAUAUACAUGUAUAUAUGGAUGCCAUGUUGUUCUUGUUGUUGUGAUUUAAAACCUAUAUCUGAAAUAAUGCACAAACACGCACAGUACUAAAUUACACUCUAUUAAAAUACUCGUAUGAUUUGUCAGCAAUGUACACACUCGAAAGCGAUAACGCACGGAUCCUUGACCUGAAAAUCCGUAUGUAAUCUACCAAAGAUUAACCUUACCAAAUAUUACAUGUGCAAGCAAUCAUGGUGCAAGUUUGUUUCGUUUUUGUUACCUGCUUUUUCCUUGCAGGAAUAGUCAGUUCAGUUGAUUUUCCUAGAGUAUCAACUAAACUUGGAGAUAUAAAUGGCGUUUAUAGUACAGUGUCAUUUAAAAACAGAGAAUUCAAAGUUAAGAGAUUUCUUGGUAUACCAUACGCAAUGCCACCUGUCGGAAAGUUAAGAUUCAAGAAACCGGAACCAGUUGAAAUAUUAUCACCGAAUCCGUUUCCGGCAGAUACAUUCGGAUCACCAUGCGCUCAGGUUGACAUGUUUGGUCAGAAAAUAGCAGAAAACUCGCUAACAGAAGAUUGUUUAUUUCUAAAUGUCUACGCCCCACAUCAAGAUCCGGACAAAGUGACGGGGCAUGCUGUGAUGGUGUUUAUACAUGGUGGUGGGUUCUCGCUUGGCACAGGAAACACAUAUAUCGGCGACCGUUUAGCGUCUGUCGGUAACGUCAUAGUUGUAACUAUAAAUUACAGACUUUGGAUAUGGGGCUUUUUGGAUUUCAAUGAUGAAAGAGCUCCAGGAAAUAUGGGCUUAUGGGAUCAACAGAUGGCAUUGAAAUGGGUGAAUAAAUACAUUGAAUCUUUCGGAGGGGACAAGGAUAGGGUCACAAUAUUUGGGCAGUCGGCUGGUGCGAUAAGCGUUGGUUUACAGGCCCUAUAUCCUAAAAAUAAAGGACUUUUCCAAAACGUUAUCGCAGAGAGUGGAUCUCCAACUGUCAUGAGCCUUGUCAAGAAUAUAAACGAAAACAUACAACCUGCAGCAUACUUGGCACAACUGCUAAACUGCAGAACUGAAAACAACGAGCAAGUGUUUGAGUGCAUUCAGAAAAGUGACAGCGAGUCUUUGUUUAAAGCGUUUAAAAUUGCUUUAGCAGAUCCGAGGUUAUUUUGGAACAUUAUGUUCACACCCACAAUAGAUGGCGAAUUUCUGAAAAGUUCUCCUGUAAAACUUGUAGAACAAGCUAAAACUGAUGCUCCAGCUGAAGUAGAAUUUUUCAGAUCUUUGAGCUUUAUUAACGGGUUAAAUGGAGACGAAGGUGGAAUGUGGAUUCAGAUGAUAGAUGGUACAAAAGAAAGUUAUGAGGAUUUAAAGCUUUCCCAAGAAGACCUUGAUGAUAACAUUAUACCGUCAAUACUGCCACUGGUUACGGCUUCGCGUGUCAAGGAUUCAAACGUGUUAAAGUCACUAAUAAGUUCGAAGUAUAAAGACUGGAAAACCCCGUACGAGCCUAAAAACAUUGCAAAACAGGCUGUGAAACUAUUAGGAGAUAUAUACUUUACUGUUCCAGGUAUUGAAAUAGGCAGGUUACAUGUAAAUGGUCCAAACUCCGGUAGUUAUCUGUACAGGUUUACUGCAGGGGUCGAACGACAUCCCAUACCUACUCCCAGCUGGAUGGAUUUGGGUAACCACGCUGAUGAGAUUGGACCAGUAUUUGGUUAUCAUUUAGACUUUGAUUGGUUUGGUGGCAUAAAGGGUGAAUACUCACCUCCUGAAUGGGAAUGGAACUUGUCUGAAAGAAUGAUGACGUUUUGGACAAAUUUUGCCAAAUACAGCAAUCCAAAUGGACAGGAUGGCAGUAACAGUUGGCCGAAAUAUACAAUUGAUCGCGAGCAUUAUCUAAAUUUUGAUAGAAGAGAUCAUGUUGGACAAUACCUACACGCAGAUGAAGUGGAUUUUUGGCGGAAAAUAGUUCCGAUGGUGGAAGAACAAUGCCAUGACGAUAAGUUGUCUGCAUUCUCAAGAAAGUCGUCUGAUACAUGUGAUGCGGAAGGGGGUUGCAAUUAAAGAUAAAAUGAUUAUUUUAAGACAUUAAUCUCCGUGAAUAUUAUGUAACUAUUUUAGACAUGCUUUUAACAAUAUUUGGAGGCGGCGAGGGCGGGCGCGGUGGUGACAACAGAUAUAAAGAACAUUCCUUUAGUUUAGCAUGUGUUUUGUAAAUGACGUCAGAUUGCGUAAAGAACCGUCUUACGCUAGUAUUGUUUAUUCCAAAAAAAAUCGUUUUUCCCUCCGUACAAAACAUAAAGUAGAUGUAAAUAUGUAUCUGCAAGAAUGGUUGUAAAAUGAUAAUACAAUGUCACAACAGUUACUGUAAAUUUUUCGUGAUAAGUGUAACUUGAAAAAUUAAUUCAUACUUUAGUGUGUGCAUACAUGUAGGAUUUAAUUAUUAAUGCAUUUUAGUUGUUAAACGUUCAAAAUAUAAUUUACUAACUAACUGUUUAGCUUAUUAUUUAAUAACGCUUAUGCUACACGUUUAUACAUACGCACUCAUCAGUUUAUUUAUCUGAGAUAAUCUUAUAAGAUCCUUGAAAAAUAUUCAAACAUAUUUUGUAAUCCAAUCCAUGAUGAUACAUGAUAACAUAAUAUGAUACAAAAUCACAGAGAAUACUACGCAUUAUUUGCACAUUUCUCUUUAAAACUUUGCUGUGUUUUCCUUGCAUCAGACUUGAUCCCCACUUUUCUUUUGAUUUUUAUUAAGCGCAGGCAAUAUUCUUCAGGAAAAUGUAAGUUACAGACAUUUAAAAUGGGUCCUGAUAUGUGCUGCCUUUUACACCGCUUCGAGCACUUAUAAGGCUGAUUGCUACCAAAUCAAAUGUGUAGUGCAGGAAUACGGUGAAAAAUUCGUGCGAUUUGUAAGAAAGCAUCAAACUUUGUAGAAAGUGAGGAUAUGGUGUUGUGGUAAACCUGGGUUUUGGCAAAGAAAUAUUUUGCUUUUUGUGAUUAUUUUUUGAUGAAUUCACUGUUUUUUUUAGUGUAAGUUUCAAGUUAAUCGUGCUGGUAUUGAUAAAGUUACAGGCAAAAACAUAUUGCAUAUUUUUUCUGACCCGGAACACAAUUGUUGUAAAAACAAAUACAUGCUUCUUAAUACAUAUUUCUUAUUUUGCCAUAAUAUUUCUGCUUUCAAUAUGUUGUUAAUAUAUGUCUUAACAUUUAUAUAAAGUUUGAGGACAUGACACUAUGUAGCUUUAAAUUAAUCUGGAAAAAUGUCCCCUGAUUAAUAUUUUUGCUAGUAAAUUUCUUUUGUGGCUAGAGCUGACCAAUGAAAAUGAUUUGUUAAAAAUAUUUAGAGAUAUUUUUCAGGUUUUCUUGUCAAGGAUGUUAUUCUUUAUUAAUAUUGAUUUUUGUAGAUUUUUUUAGAAGCCUUGCUCCCUUGUAAUCCUUAGAUGUGAAUACCUAAUUUUGGCGGCCAUAUUGGAUAUUUUGGGGAGAAUGUGUGUCAAUUCUUUGACACCUGGUUUAAGAAAUUUAAUUUUAAAUCAUUAUUUGCAAUUUGAAAUGUACUGAUAAGAUUUAAUUUUUUCUCUAGUUUAUGUUAUUGGUUUUUGAUUACAUUAAUUCCGUUUCUUGCAUUUGAUGAGAAACGUUUUGCAUAUUUGGGAAAAUGUCAUUGACCAAUCAGAUAGCAGCAUUUUUGGUGCUUCUCUAUAAAUAUGGGCUUAUCAGUUAUUUCUUGGCUUUUCUACAUUACACUUUUGGAUUUAACACUUCUUCUUAGAUUGGAAGUUAUUGAGAAUUUAGAGCCACUUUAAGAAACUUUGGAUUUUAUUUUUAUUUGAGAAUAAAUUAGAAUUUUGGAGUUUAAUUUAUUUGCUUUUUAUUUGGAACAGUUAUGGAAUUUCCUGAUAAUAUCAAUAUAUUUUUAAUAGAACUAAAUUUCAGAAUUGGUGUAUAUAUUAAUUGUAGAAGCUUAAUAGUAUACAUAAUUUAGAUCUUUGUAGUUGUGAAUGUGUGAUUAUGAGUGGACGGUAGAUGUUUAGUAGAUUCAUAAAACUGGA